GACGUGGCCGAGACACGUCUCACCCAAGCCGGGUUUUACAGCGGACCGGGGCUAUUCAAACUUCCUGGCAAACCUGCUGCGUCCAAUGCUAGUUCUGGACCUCAAUUUUAAAAACGUUUCGCACAGGUUGACCUCAUCGCUCUUUUGCAAUGUCAGGGAAAAUCAAAAGCCGUAAUGCCGCGAACGCAGACGCGAUAGCUGGCGGCGUGUCCUGCGAUGAGCGCAUCCUGCGGGAUAUUCACCAGAUAUACACGGACCCCGACAGCGGGUUGAUUUCUGUGGCUGAAUCUGUUGGGGUGACGCUCCUGCCACCAAGGAAAAAGAUUACAGUGAUGCUGAUGGGAAACCACUCUGCUGGGAAAAGCUCCUUCAUCAACUGGUAUGUGGAGGAGCACAUCCAGCGAACCGGAGUGGCUAUUGAGACGCAAGGCUUCAGCUUUAUUACAAGUGGGCGCAAGAGAGAAUCUCUCAUGGGAAAUGCCACCCUUCAUCUAUAUCCACAUUUCAAACCACUGCAAGAGUUUAAAGGCGUUUCUGAGUACUUGAGCACAGAGAUCUGCACGUCGCGACAGAAGCGUUUCAGCCUGGUGACUUUUGUCGACUCUCCUGGCUUGGUGGACGGGGAUAUGAAGUAUCCGUUUGACGUGGACGAGGUUAUCCUCUGGCUGGGUGAUCGUUGUGACCUUAUUCUGGUCUUCUUCGACCCCAUGGGUCAGGCUCUGUGCAAGCGCACCCUCAACAUUGUUGAGAGCCUGAAUGAGAUGCACGGUGACCGGCUACAUUUCUACCUGAGCAAAGCUGAUGAGGCUGGGGGAGAGUCGGACAGACAGAGAGUCAUGAUGCAGAUUGUCCAGGAGCUCUGCAAGCGGCCCGGACUUAACAAGUGUGGUUUUGACAUGCCCACCAUCUACAUUCCCAAUCCAAACAAGCCUAGCCGCUGCGUCAACCAGAUUGAGGAAGUUUGUCGCACCGUCGAGAAAACCAUCAACCAAACGGUCCAGAAUACACUCAACUCUCUGGAGAGGGACUGUGAGCUCAUCAGCGAGGCCGUCACGGAGACGCUCAGCAACGACAGGCAGAUCAGUCUGGGGAACAGACGUGCGCGCUGCCAGAGCUGCCUCCUGACCCUGCUGGGGUUCAGCCUCCCACUGGCUCUCCUUUCCUUCCUGGUGCUGGGUGCUCUGUCCCCGGAGCUGCUGGAGAAGGGUCUGGGCCGCGAGGGAUUAGAGGCGCUCUCACUCUACCUGGCUCCCAUAGUGAAAUUAACCGACUCCCUGUCUCGGGAGCAGCAGCUCUACAGCGCUGGGGGACUUAUCCUCGGCUCCUUCAUCUUCCUCAUCAUUGCACGUUGUUUUUUCAGAACUCAACUGACCUUAUCAGGCAAACAGAAAAGGCAACUGCAGGAGAAGCUGGAGUUCGUCCGCGAGGUUGUCAAGACCAAAAAGAAAAAGCUUUAUGAGGACUAUUUACGUCAGAGCGUCAGUGAUCAAGACAUGGACUUGUAAGGGAAGAUGGACAGAAAGCAUCCGCUCUGCGACAAAGGACCAACAGAAUUAUUACCCCGCCCAGAUCUCACACCAGCUGCCACGUCGGUUGGAUCUCACAACGAUCCGACGAUUCAAGGUUUGCUGCUUCAAGUGCUAUAAAGUCCAUUUACCUGCCAUAUGAUGUUGCUGUCAUUUCAAAGAAAAAUCACUACAUACAGAUGAAAUGAGCUUGUUAUUGAACAGCUAUUACGGUACUUGUAAGCAUCUCCAUAGUUUACCUCUGAUUUACACAAGGAACUCGGUAGUAUCUGACUUGAAGAUAUUCCCAAACCUCCAAACUAUUUAUACCAACUAAUAGCACUGAUUUACCAGUCACUUUGUAUGAGUUGCCGUUUUUGAGGACAUUUCCCAGCAUUUUAUACAAUAUUUUGAUGGUUUCUUAUCAUGAAAAGUAGUUUUGUAUCAGUUUAGUCAACAAAUGUUUGUUGAUGUAUAGAAUAUUGAAUUAUCUGCAGAACUCCUGAGGUGAUGAUUGUAAACCAGCAAUCAAAACAGUCACCUGUGACCAGUUCAUGAUUUUGCGUCUUUUCUCUAUAUUCUGACCAUGUUUUCAUUAAAACUCAAUAAAUUGAAAAAUAUGAUGAAUAUUGGAAGUGAUGACUUUUUUUUUUUUUUUUUUUUUCAAUA